GUAAAUAAACAAUUCUGUGCUCCGAAAUUCGUUCAAAAAAUUUAAAUUUUCAUGCAUUUCAAGUGAGAUCAGCAUUAAUUUGAAUACAAAUUCAAGUCAAUUUGAUGGAAGUCCAGUUGGUGACAUAAAAAAAGUGACUUUUUAUCAUUCAGUAUCGCUUUGAGAGACAACGCAAGCCGGUUUAACAAUAAAUUUAAUGAUUUUAUGAGAAAUAAUAAAAAAAAGUGUACGUGAGAUUUUAAGUCAAAGUCAUAUUUAUAUUGACAACUUGAUAAAGUUUUCAAGUAAAAAAAUUGUUCGUGACGUGAUUUCGAGUUGGAAAAUUACAAGACCUGAUUUAAAAUUCCAUCAUGUGGUUCCUUCUCUUGACGUCUCUCCUCGUCAUUUACCUCCUUCAACGAUAUUUCAAGCUUCGAGAUUGCCCUCCAGGUCCUUUUUCCAUUCCCAUCUUGGGUUACUUGCCAUUUCUCGAUCCACAGCAGCCUUACGUCUCGCUGACAAACCUCGCAAAACGCUACGGACCAAUUUACAGCCUUCAACUCGGAAAUAUCUUCACUGUCGUCUUAUCUGACAACGAACUCAUACGAGAUGCAUUGAAACGCGAAGAGUUCGCUGGCAGAGCACCAUUGUACGUGACGCACGGCAUCAUGGGCGGCUAUGGAAUAAUUUGCGCUGAAGGGGAUCAAUGGCGCGAUCAACGAAAACUUUCCAUCGAAUGGUUGCGAAAAUUGGGAAUGACUAAAUUUGGCACGACUCGAGAUGCGAUGCAGGCAAGAAUCCUACUUGGCGUUGAAGAGUACGUCAAAGAUCUGAAAAACGAGAUGAAAAAACAAUUUGACGUGAAUCCUUUUCACAUUUUGCACAAUGCUUUGGGAAAUGUCAUGAACGACUUUGUAUUCGGCGAAAAAUACGAGAAAAAUGACGAAACAUGGAAAUAUUUGCAACAUUUACAAGAGGAAGGCGUCAAACAUAUCGGAGUGAGUGGCGUUGUUAACUUUCUUCCAUUUUUGCGACAUCUACCGGCGAAUUCAAGUACCAUCAACUUUUUGCUCGAAGGAAAGAAGAAAACUCACGCGAUUUACGAUAAAAUUAUCGCAAAAUGUCAAGCAAAUUUGGCUUCAUAUCGCGAAAGUAUCGUCAAAUAUUUUCUCAUUGACCGCGAAUUACGGGGAAAAUCGAUUAAAUUCGGUUCGGAUGAACAAUUGCGCCAUCUGUUGGCGGAUCUCUUCGGUGCGGGAGUUGAUACAACCCUAACUACCAUUCGUUGGUUCAUUCUAUUUACUGCUCGUGACAGAGUGAUUCAAGAAAAGCUUCGUUACGAGAUGCAUUCAGUUUUGCAGAGCGCUCCAACGUUGGAUGAUGUCGAGAAAUUACCUUUUAUGAGAGCAACAAUUGCCGAAACUCAGCGAAUUCGAUCAGUUGUUCCGCUGGGAAUUCCUCAUGGAACGACAAAAGAAACGAAAAUCGGAAAAUAUCGCAUUCCAGAGGGAACGAUGGUUAUUCCGCUCAUGUGGGCAGUUCAUAUGGACGAGAAAAAAUGGAAAGAGCCAGAAAAGUUCAUGCCGGAUAGGUUUAUAACUGAAAAUGGGAAUUUUGAGACGUCUUCGAAUUUGAUUCCGUUUCAAACAGGAAAACGCAUGUGCCUCGGCGAAGAACUUGCAAAAAUGCUCCUUUUCCUAUUUUGUUCAAAUUUCGUCUACAACUUUUCUUACGAAGUCAUGAAUCCAGCAUCUCUCGACAUGAAAGGCACUUGCGGCAUAACACUUACCCCGCCCGAUUACUCAUUAAUCAUCAAAGAAGCCGAAAAAUAGGAGAAAAAAAAAACAAAUUUAAUUUAUAAAAAUAUUAUUUUUGUCUUAAUAUAUUUUCUCGCUAAACGGACCUUAAUACUAUUGAAACUUACAAACUACGAUAAAAAUAAUUAAAAUUACUAUUAAUUAAUUAAAAAUGACAAAUUUGUCUUAAAAUU